UCCUCCACCUCCUCCUCUUCUUCUUCUUCCUCCUCCUCCUCCAUCAUCAUCAUCAUCAUCAUCAUCAUCAGUGCGCCGCUGCAGCAGUGCUUCCAAACCUGCAGCAGAAGCUCCACGUUCAACUUUCUUUUCUCACACUGCGGAUUUUUCUGCCUUUUUUCGGGCUUCUUCUUCUACUUUGUGGCCUCUUCGUUGUCGCUCGGAAUCCAGCAGGACGUCGCUGAUUCGCUAUUGGCUGACUUUAUUAGCGCAGGAGGACACGCACAAGACAUUUGCACUCUUUAGGGGCUAAGGUGCCGACAGGAAGAGUGUGUGUGUGAGUGUGUGUGUGUGUGUGUGUGUGUGUGUGUGUGUGUGUGUGUGUGUGUGUCAGUGUGUGUGUGGGACCAAGACAGGACAGCAGGUCCCCUUCAGGAUCCUCAUCCAUUUUCAACAUUUUCUCCAACUUGAACCCCCAGACGAACAUUAGCAUGAUGUCAUAUUUAAAGCAACCACCUUACACAGUCAAUGGCCUCAGCUUAACUACUUCCGGGAUGGACCUCUUACAUCCGUCCGUGGGCUAUCCAGCGACGCCACGGAAGCAGAGAAGAGAGAGGACUACUUUUACGCGCGCGCAGCUCGACGUCUUGGAAGCGUUGUUCGCCAAAACGAGGUAUCCGGACAUAUUCAUGCGCGAGGAAGUGGCGCUGAAAAUCAAUCUACCUGAGUCUCGUGUACAGGUGUGGUUCAAGAACCGGCGUGCAAAGUGUCGCCAGCAGCAGCAACAACAGCAGAACGGCGGGCAGAACAAGGCUCGACCCGCCAAAAAGAAAAGUUCCCCGACCCGAGACGUGAGCUCCGAGAGCGGCGCCAGCGGUCAGUUUACUCCCCCCGCCAGCACCACCACAGUCCCGGCCAUCUCCACCAGCACGGCGCCGGUGUCCAUCUGGAGCCCGGCCUCUAUCUCCCCGCUCUCGGACCCGCUGUCCACGUCGUCGUCGUGCAUGCAGAGGUCCUACCCCAUGACCUACACGCAGGCCUCGGGCUACGGCCAGAGCUACGCGGGCUCCACGUCCUACUUCGGCGGCAUGGAUUGUGGCUCUUACCUCGCCCCCAUGCACCACCAGUUGUCCGGCCCGGGCUCGACCCUCAGCCCGAUGAGCACAAACGCGGUGGCCGGCCACCUCAACCAGUCCCCGGCGUCCCUCCCCACGCAGGGCUACGGCACGUCCGGCCUGGGCUUCAACUCCACGGCCGACUGCCUGGAUUAUAAGGACCAAGCCGCGUCGUGGAAGCUGAACUUCAACGCAGAUUGCUUGGAUUAUAAAGAUCAGACCUCAUCGUGGAAAUUCCAGGUCCUGUGAAGACACGACAGACCCUCAUGAAACUCUCACAGGAGGAGAGUCCUCACUUUUUUUUUUUUAAUUUAUUUUAGCACUGGCAAAGUUCUUCUCCUCACCUGUAGACACUCAUCCAUGUCCGUCACACCUGUCGAGGACACAUUUUCCACCUGCGAGGCCACGGAACUAUCCCACUGGACCACGAUGGACAUGGAUGCACUACUUUAUUUAAGACAAAAAAAGAAGUGUUUAUAAAGAAUCAAUAUGUAGUUUCUAAGAGACAAUCAGUGUGUGUCUUAUAUAAAUGGUGUGGUUUUUUUUAUCUGUGCUAGCCUUCGAUACUGUGAUCUGUUGUAUUGUAUGCAAUCUGUCAGACCCUCCACGCAUCACACUCUCUGCAGCUUUUCGUGGGUAAGGGGGAGCACGCUAAUGAUUCGAUGAGACUUUCCAAGUGGUAUAGUAGUAAUGAUGACGGGUUACACACACACACACACACACACACACACACACACACACACACACACACACACACACACACACACACACACACACACACACUUGUCCACUGGAUCUCAACAUGAUUGUGGGUUCCAAAGAUGCUGUGACCUCCCCCAUUGAAAAGGCAUGAAUAAUUACAAUAAAAAAAAGAAAGAAAGAAAAAGGUACCAUGAUGAACUUUCAGUUAAUCACUUCAUGUGCUUGUCGUGGACGAAUGAAACAAAUAGUGGAGUUAAAAAUACUGAUUUUCAUAGAAAAUGUCACGCAUUGGGUAUUUUUUUAUUUAUCAAAAUUGUCAUUUUAUGUUUUAUUUAAAUUGUAAAUUCAAAGUAAAUUACUUUCUUUUUUCCUUUUUUUUUUUUUUUUUUACACUAACGCAGUAAUUAACUGUGAAGUUCAAUUUGGAGGGUGAUGUUUUAUUGCAAUAAUUUAAAUCCAGUAUUUUACUGUGGGGGAAAAAAGACUGUUAAAUGCUGUGAAGUCCUGGUCAUUUUUACACUGCAGUGUGAACAUUUUUACAGUGGGGGGAGAAAUUGUUUACAUACUCAUUUCAAACAGCCCCAGCAAAAGGAAAAAAACAUGCAGUGUUUA